AUGGGCUUCCCUUUUGUCGGUUUAUAUUCCGCAAACCCCACAGAAUAUCUACCGGAGCCUCUGGCUUUACAUAUGCCUACAGAUUGUCCUGAAGGUCGAAUUGAAACAAAUUAUUCUAUCCCUGAAGUCCAGUUUGAUAAAAAUACAAUGAUUUCCGGUUGCCUAGGGUUAUGGGCUGCUUAUGUCGAAGCAGGGAAAGUUGCACAUUCAUCGUGUUUAAGAACAUAUCCCAACUGGAUGUAUGACAUGAGGAAAGAAAUAGGAGACAAACGUUUGAGCUGUCUGAUGAUACCUGGAACUCAUAAUUCUGGAUGUUACCUGAAAUAUAGUCCUAUGAGAGAUACCUUGUAUCAUAGGUACGUUUAUACGCAAGAAGAAAACGUCUUCAAUCAGUUAGUUUACGGCAUAAGGUUCUUGGAUCUUCGGGUGUGGCACGAAAGAAGUAUUCUAAUGCGAAGCAAGAUAAAAAUAACCCAUGACUGGCUGCACUUCAACCUUCCAACUUUGGAAGACAUUUUACAGCAAGUAAAAGACUUUUUACUAGUUACCAACGAAGUUGUUAUCCUGGAUUUCCAUCGACUAUUAAGCGGAACUUUUCGAAGUAGGAUCCUUGAAAAGUGGCAACACAAGGAAAUAUUAAGCUUGUUGAAGAAUACUUUUGGCGAUUUGUUGCUCGAAUCAGGUGAUUUUGGAAUUUCUUUAAAUUCCAUGUGGAGAAUGGGAAAAAGAGUUUUGAUUCUCUACAGAGAUAAUAAGGAUUUGCCAUCAGACCAAAAACUAGCGCUUAACGUGUACCACUGGUGGGAGUCCUUCCAGUUUGUUAAUGACUUGCAUAAGCAUCUGGUCGAGAAUGUUUGCAUGUACGAGUUUUAUGGAACUGCAGCUGUUGCAGUAUUGACUCCAACAGAAUGGACUCCGAUAUUCGAUGUUACUUAUAGUCGCCGAAGGGCUGCUUAUCAAGUUAAUACAAUGCUUCAUACAUGGUUUCGGAAUGAGUUGUCUUGCUCAAAUAUUAUUUUGACUGAUUAUUUUUUAGGCAAUAAUGUGAUUCAGGUGUCAAUUGAUGCUAACAAAAACUCUUCUCGUUGUUCCACCUGUUUGAAAUUCUGUAAACUAAUGUAUUCAAAGAAACUGCAAUAA